AUGCUUCCGAGGCGCCUUCUUACGACCGCCGCACCGGCCCUGCGUCUAGCAACCCGCCAAGGCCCGGCUUUCAGGCACCAUUCUGCAGUCAUCGGCCGUCGCUGGAACUCUUCCUCCCCUGAACCGUCCGCAUAUUCCUCCUUCUUCAAGACGUUUGGCCGUCCCAUCUUCAAAGUGUGCCUGAUGGCCAUCUUCACCUACCAGCUGGUCUUUUUCGGCUGGUCCAAGCUGGAACAGGACGAGAUCCGCAGUGAUAAGCAAGCAGAGAUCACUGCUUUGGAAACAAAAGUGAAGGAGCUGCAAGAGGGUAAGAAGGCGUAA